GCUCUUCCUCUGCUGGUCUCAGAUCAGUCUGAUUCUCUGCAGUUUGACGGCGGCCUCCAGCAGCUUUACGCCGCCGUCGCGAGCCACGGAAACUCCCGGAAACGCAAACUGUCCGAGGAGCCGCCUGUGGAGGAGACGCCCACCGACGAACCGGACAUCACCUCCUCUUUAGGUGGAUCUAAGGUGGACAGUGGAGCAGCCGAGGAAGUGCAACUGGAAGCAGCUGGAGCCAAAAUGGCCGACAAAGCCACAGAAAGAAAGUCUCUACCGUCCGCCCCUGCAGAGCGACCGUCUGCGAAACCAAAGAGGAAGAAAGUGGGACUCUUCAGAUGAGCAGUAGGGACACACACACAACAAUUCAGAUGUUUUUUAAUAAGGAAAAAGUGUUUUUAUCCAUUUGAUGAAAAAUAGGAAAAAUCUUAAAAGAUGGUUCUUAUUUUUAGGCUGAUUUUAAUUGUUUUUUUUUAGUAAUAAAUCAUUUUUAUUGAUGGAUUUUGGGGUUUUAUAGAAGUCAACCUGUUGAAUACGUAUGUAAAUAUUAUAAUGAUUGCAGUUUGUUAUUAAAUAUGAA